AAGCGGGCCGCAGCCAAUAUGGCAGCCUACAGCUCUGACGUUAUGACCGCAUCGUAGAAUGAAAGUUGCAGCUUAGAAGGUGUAAUUGAUCAAAGUUAUGAACCACAUAUUAACAACAGACAACAAUUUUGACCGGCUUCACUAGAGUCGCUAUUUUGGUCUGCCUUCGAUACCACGACACUGUGGAAAGCGGUGUCACGUUGAAUCAUGUGCGUGUAUAGUGUUAUGUAUCGGGGAAAGGUAACUCGGAAGUGAGAGGGGAGAAUGGCCGUACAUCCCUCAUGUUUGGCUUGAAGGAGGAAGUUGGAAUACUCGCUCGCACUCUCAAGUUAUUUGAAGAACAUGGCUUCAACUUGUCGCACAUUGAGUCCCGCCCCUCCAAGGGGGACGAGGGCAGCCAUGAGUUUCUGGUCAUCUGCGAAGAGAAGGCGGACAAGUUGGACACUGUCCUGGAUAAGCUGAAAGAGGAAGCAACAUACGUCCACGUGUUGUCGCGCUCCCAAGAAGAAAAUACGAGCUCUGUCGAGAAAAUUCCGUGGUUUCCAAGGAGGAUCAAGGAUACGGACGAGUUUGCCAACAACAUCUUGAGCUACGGAGCAGAGUUAGAUGCCGACCAUCCUGGCUUCACUGAUCCUGUGUACCGCGCCAGGCGCAAAGAAUUUGCUGACAUUGCCUUCAACUACAAAUAUGGGACCCCGAUUCCCCACGUUACCUACACAGCCGACGAGAUCAAGACCUGGGGCACCAUGUUCCGAGAGCUUACCAAGCUGUUCCCCACCCACGCCUGCCGUGAAUUCAACCACAUGUUCUCCCUCCUGGUGGAGAACUGUGGCUACCGAGAGGACAACAUUCCGCAACUUGAGGAUGUCUCAAACUUCCUCAAAGAUCGCACAGGUUUCACCCUGCGUCCUGUGGCAGGGCUUCUCUCUUCCCGGGAUUUCCUAGCUGGCUUGGCAUUCCGCGUGUUCCACAGCACCCAGUACAUCAGGCACGGGUCAAACCCUUGGUACGCACCAGAACCUGAUGUUUGCCAUGAGCUGAUUGGACAUGUGCCGUUGUUUGCUGAUCCUAGCUUUGCUCAGUUUUCACAGGAGAUUGGUCUUGCUUCUCUCGGUGCACCUGAUGAAUACGUAGGGAAGCUGUCAACAUGCUACUUUUUUACCGUGGAGUUCGGGAUGUGUAUUCAGAAUGGUCAACGCAAAGCAUACGGUGCUGGGCUGCUGUCCUCCUACGGGGAACUGCAGUACUGUCUGACAGACAAACCUGAAUUCAAACCCUUCAGCCCGGCUAAGACGUUUGGGCAGAAAUACCCCCUCUCCAGUUUCCAGCCAAUGUACUUUGUAGCAGAGAGCUUUGAAGACGCCAAGGAUAAAAUGAGGCAAUUUGCCUCCGUCAUCCCGCGGCCCUUCUCGGUCCGCUACAAUGCCUACACUCAGUCGGUGGAGGUGUUGGAGAAGAAGACACAGCUGAAGGAGCUGGCCCAGUCUAUCCGAGGGGACCUAAACAUCUUGAUCGAUGCUGUCAACAAAGUCUCCUAAACAAGCCCAAGUUUUCCUCAGAAUCUUCUUGGAGCAUCGCACCAAGGCACUUCAGAAGUAAUUAAAAAUGGCAUGAAUAAGUGUAAUCAUUUUAGUUGACUUAGUUUAAUAGUUUCUUCAAUCCUUAAAAAUAUAUCGAGAUACAUUACAACUAGAAUUAAAAUACGCUAAAAUUUCAAGCACACAGCAGUGCAAAGAAUCAAGAAUUUGUACAUUAAUAAUUGUCAGUGGCUUUGAAAAGAAGGGAUUUCAUGAUAAGGCCAGAGUACAUCUACAUGUGACCAGCCACAACACUCAUGGAAAUGAAAAUCAAAAUGGCACAAUAGUUGGAAGUUGCAGCAUUGAGCAUGGAUACUGAGAAUGUUUCACAGUCAUGAGUGAACUUUGACCUCUGAGCUUAGUAGCUGGCCUUCUAGCCUGAAAAGGCAAAGUACAAAAGUAGCAUCUUUACUACAAGCUCAGAAGAAGGAGAAUUUACAUGUAAAUGCAGGUUACCUUCAGUUAAAUAUCUCUGAUUGUGAGUUCGUUAUACAAAGUGCAUUUUGUCUUGUAGAGAUACGAUCACAUUUAUUUCACGUAGGCAAACACUUCAGAAUCAUUUGAUAAAGAAAUAUAUCUAAAUCUUUUAUUCAAGUUUAUUGCUACUAUUGCAUCGAGGUUUACUUUGCAUUGAGGUGUUCAGUUCAUCUAGAAAGGAUUAUUUUUGUCUUUUAAAGAUAUAUUACACUCUAUUCAUUGCUUUAUUAGCUAGCUCUGUGGUGUUGCAUUUUGACAUUGAUUUAGAAGUAUAAUUUUGACUACUUUGAGUGGUGUAGUGAAACCAACCUCCUGAGGUGAUCUGUGGAGCAUGUCAAUUUUUCCCCGAGGCCAAAUUUUCAGAUAAAGUUGCCAAUAUUUAUUUCACAACAUGUCUCCUGCAGGUUCUGAUUGAUUUAACUGAUUAAUUUGAUCUAAAUAUUCAUAAACUUUGCGGCUGUUUAAAUCAGAAAUUUGUUGGAAAUUUGCAGCACUUUCCAAUUUAACUCUUCACGAAAUGUUGGAAACCCAACUCUAUCACUAGCAUUCGGGAUGAGUGCAGCGCGCACCUAAAAAGGAAUUUGUACACAGACCAGUGGUCAUGCAUAUUGUUUUAAUAAUCGUUGCUAGGGGUUUGGUACUCUGGUUGUUAAAAGUGCAGUUCUUUUAGCUGUAAAAGCACAAUACACGUAUAGCCAAAUUAGCAAAUGCCAUGUGACUUUCUCUUGGCCAAUCAAGACACAAUGUGGUAAUUACUUGAUAUGUUUUUACCAAAUUUUAGACCCAUUUUUUUCCUUCUCAUCAUUUUUGUAGAUUGGAUGUUUCCGAUGAUUUUUCUUAUUUGGUUAUAAUCAGCCUAAAUCAGUGAUUUGCAAUAGCCUUGUCUUUGCUGUUAAUUAGGGCAGAAAUGCCAGUGGAUGAGUUGGUAUCAGUUCUCAUAUUUUCUUCUCAUUAUUUCGCUAGACAUCGGAGAUUCCGAAAAUAUUACUUCACCUACUGUAGUUCUAUUCUCAGCAUUCAAACUUUCGUGGUGCUGGCUGAAAAUCUACAGUAUUUUAUUUCCUUAAACUACACGUGACUUUUUUUAUUUUGCCUGUCAUGCCAAGCACAUAGUAUCGAGAACUAAAUGAAGUAUUCUCGUAAUGUUUUUUAUCAAAUUUUUUUCCUGUAUCUUGUUUCAGCAGAUAAUCUACAUGUUUGUGUAUAUAAGAAGGUUAAUCAAGGUAAGAGGUUGAUGAGGUUGUUGUUACUUGUGAGUGUUGUCGCGUUUCAGUUAUGGCGGGGUCUUUGUGUUAUGGAGGGCGUAGGUAGGUGUGACCCCUCGCACCCGGCACUGGUAAGGGUCCCUCACCAGUGAGUUCUACCGCACAGACGUUGGAGAGGAAAAAAAAAAUCUUUGUUUAGCUUUCAACUUGUUAUUAUUCGUGAGCAAACCGCAAGUGAUGAAAGUUUACAGUUGUUGACAUGUCAGCCUUGUUUUUGCUUUGAAUGUUUUUUGUUUGGUCGUUCGGCCUUUUGCUUUUGUUUUUGAAAAGUUUAUUCAGAGUUGCUGCCUUGUGUGGGAAUGGUUGAAAUCAGAGAAGUUAUAACUGUGGAUUGUUAAGAUCAUGACUUUUUCUUCAGAAUUUCUUACUUCUUUUUUUUUUAGGGAGGUGGUGCUUUUGCCUGUGCGUUGUUGCUUUGUUCGGCGGUUUUGUUUUUGAAGCAUAUUUAAAUCCUUUCGUACUCGUUAUUUUGGCAUAGAGUCACACGAAGAGACGCAUUAACUACGGCGGCAUUCGCGCGCGUGUUCUCAACCCUGACACAUGCCCGUAUUUGGGCAAGACGGCUCCCUAUCCGCCCUGAGCAGGAGCACCCCCUCAUCGGUUGAAAAAAGCCAUAUUGGUCAGGAGCGCUCAUUUUGUUGCUAGCGAUGCGCAGUUACUACCGAAGGAGCGUCCAUUGCUUGGAAAUUGCGCCCUCUCUUGGUCCAGGCCAGAGCCCACGGAAAAAGAGGUACUCAACGCACGCGCACCGCUUGCAUGCGAGCGUGACACCGUAGUCAUAGCCCCCAUUUGGGGGCAUUGGAUUAGGCUACAUGAUAUUCUUUUGCCAAGUUGUGUAUUAUUCUCAUGAAAUGUUGGGUUCGUCCCAUUGCAGUUAAUACUUCGCUACAUUUGACCCACUGCAUGUUUUGUUUACCACUUGUGUUUUGUUAAAAAUAGCAUCUUGGAAAGAUUUAUUUGUGCCUCUUAUUUUGUUUCAGUUUGACACAACUUAUUGUGCAUUGUUGUACUGUCUUGAAAUGUGAGCAUUUAUUAAAACCGAGUAUUCUUACCCUU